CGUGACUAUAUAGCGAGACGGCAGGUCUGAGGCAUCAGGAUGAAGUGAUUUUGCGCUUAUCCACGACGUCCUCGAGGAAAGAGAUUUUAAUCAGCCACAGAAAACCGUAAAAUUACAUGUAAACUAUAAAAGUGCGACGAUUAUCCGGAGAUAUCUUCCAAUAUAUUUUUUUGGACAGUGUUUAUGUUCUGUUAAUUAUAUUGUGACAAGUUUUUUGUGCGUAUACGGUGUGUUUUUUUGCCGAGUGUUUUAUUCGUCGCUACGAAAAUAACAUUGGAAUUAAAUUUUACCACUAGCGGUCGCUGUCGCAUUCAACGGCUGAAACGGACCGGAAGCGUGCGGAAGAAGCAUUGUCUGGCCACUGAUAUGUCUAUUUUGAUCGAUGAUCAACUUAGAAAUUAGAAACAGCGUGCUGCAGACUCUAUGUAAUCCAGUUGGCUGCGGCCCAGCUCGGCUGUGUGCUUGACGCCGUUUACCGCCGAGUAGGCUAUGACAGCUCGUGAAGUUGUGCUCGAAGGUGGACCUCCGUGGGGUUUUCGCAUGCAUGGUGGCGCCGACUUUAAGCAACCACUGAGGAUUUCGAGGGUCAAUCCAGGCAGUAAAGCAGCGCAUCGCGGGAUCCGAGAGGGAGAUUUAAUUUCAUCGAUAAACGGACAGAGCACUAAAGAACUGACAAAUUCAGAGGCACAUGGAUUGCUGAAAAAUGCUGGCGAAAAUAUAAAAUUAGGACUAAACGAAGAUUCCCUAGGAUCACCCAAAAGGAGGCAAUACAGGACAAUCCACCAAGAGACUCUGCAAGAAACAGUCAAGAAAUCUAGUGUUACAACGUACUCCAUCCAAAAAACUGUCGAAACGGUACAAACGGAUCCAAGGAAAACCAACGAAAACACACUUUCUCAGACCAACGAGCACAUCGACGUAAAUGGUAGUUCGAAAAGCACACCUCCGAGCAAUUUUGCAGUUUCCCAAAAAUCACCGACCUCUUCAAGUUCCUCUACCCCUUCUACCCUUGUUAAGGAAGGAAAUUUAACGAGUAUUUCCCCAGAUAAUGCAGAAGCUUCCCAAAGAUCCUCCUACACCAAUUGUACCAUAAGCCCAUCUACCAAUUCCACCCUAUCAGAAGACGGAAACAGUAGCGGUUCCACUUCCAUACCGAAUCAGCACCCCCAUUUCGAAAAUACCCCAGAUAAUAUGAGCGAUAACGGUAACGCUACCUCAAAGUCCAAAAAGCGCAGGCAGCGACGAAAAAAUCGCAAACUUAGCGAUAGCCAGAACGACAACAACGAUAUUAACCCACCGAACUGUGAUAAUAUAGACAACGUAGCUGUGGAAUCUAAAAACGUAGAAGAAAUUAAAGUGAACUACCGCGUAGAUUCCCCCGUAGAAAUAACAAAGAAGAAACCGAAACUCAGCAAAAUUCCAGUCAAGAGCAAAAGCUUAGACGACGAUGAAAUGAUCAAAAUCCAAGAACUUUCCGAAACAAGCGAAUCAGAAGAUAAAGACACCCAAGCGAUCGUAAGUGAAGCAUCUGAGAGCGAAUCUGAAGUGAGCGACUCAAAGGCAGAGAAACCUCCGAAAGGCACCUUAAGCUCAUUGUCCUUAACCCUCGAAGAGUAUUACUCAGAGGAAACCGCGCUAAUGUCCCCCGAGGACGAACAAAAGCUUAGAAACUUCCUAGAGGGGCUGAAUCUAGUGAGCGGACCCGAGGAAGCCGCUAAAUACGCUAGCGAAAGAGGAACGGAAAACAUAAAAGUAAAAAAGUCCCAAAAAAGGGCAGCUCUCGAGCAAUACUUUUUACCGAUAUCACAAAACCCGAGAUACCUAGACGCCAUCAGCGAAGAACCCAGCGACAGGGACAGCGACAGGGAUCAACCAGAUCUAACCCAACAUUUAAAACGGGGCACCCCUGAGACGGAAAUACCCGAUAAAGAUAAACCUCCAGCCCCACCACCAAGGUUACAUAAAAACAAAAGACGGACGUUGUUGCAAAACUACGUGACACCCAUCCAGCAAGCUCCUGCUGUGUUGGUAGAUACAAAAAUAGUAGAUAACCCUACGGUCACAGAAGGAUAUUUCAGCACCAGCAAAACGGCUGAAGCUACUUCUUCUGUUGAAGUGGUCUACCUUGAUUCCACAGGAAGCAAUUCCCCAGCCGAAUGCGACAGUGCCAGUAACGACAGUUACACUUUGGAUUCACAGAAAAGUACCAGUAACGAAGAGAUAUCCAAAGAGGAAAUAAUAGUUAAUGGAAUCUCUUCAAGUGAGAGCGAUACGGUAGGAAAAAGUAGUGAAGAUAUCAGUAACUUCGAAGGGAUUAAUAAAAGUGAGGAAAAGACAAGUAACAUAUCAACUAAACUUACAGAAAAGACUGAUAGAAUACCUGUUAACAAAGCCACUCCGAUUUAUAGUAAUGUUAUAAUAAACAGAGCUCAAAUUAACAAUAAUGUAGGUGUAAAAAAUGAACCAGUUGUGGAAAAAAUUAAUGUUCAGAGUAAUUUUACUGUUAUCUGUAGAAAGGACAACGGUAAUCAAGAAACCCGUCGAGAACUAUCCGGAGAAAACGAAACUCUUACAACUUCUAAAUCUACGAAGUGUAGUUUCGUCGUUAAGUGCGACAAAUCCAGUAAAGAAACCGACACGAAACAAAAGAUAAUAGAAAGUGGAAUACUCUCUCAACUAACCCCUCCCCCCACACCUGACAACAUGUCACCAAAGAACGGAAUAAAUGACUUGCCUUGCUUUGUCGAGACUGACUCUUGUAGAAUUGAAGAAGUAACCAUUAACCACGGAAAUGCCAAAAGUCUUAAUGGUACGAAUGAUUCCGCUACUAACCACACAACUCAGAGUCGUGACACUGAUAUAAAUAAAAAGGAGACCAAAAUUGAAAUUACAGAAAAAGCAAUCAGUUCCGAAAUAAAACAAAACUCAGUCGAACUACCGAAUAUUCCAAUACCAAAUAGAGAAACAAGUGCAUACAAGAAAUACGCAGACAAAAGUAAAAUUCUCUCGAAGGAAGAGAACGUAAAGAAAGAUGACAUCAUAUACACCAACGUCAUCAGUCCUCCGCCACCAUCUAGAUCUCCGUCGAUGAGCAGCAGUUCAAGUGUGGACAGCUCACUUUGCACGGCCAAAUACAACCCACUGAACUCAUCUAUAGCGGACGUCACGUCAAUCGCCAAAGACGAAGACCUAAACAAGGAGAUUCCACAGUUUCAGCCCCUGGCCCUAAGGGAAAUUUGCUUGAAUUCCCUCUUAACCCUCCCCUUCGGUGCGGACGUUCUGCAGGAAUUAGCAGACGUCUCGGAGAGUAUCGAAUCGUACACUAAUAACCUUCCCAGUAAAAUCCUUCCCAAACUAAUUCCUAAUCUACCGGCUUUUGUAAAUAAACCAGAGUCAGACCCUAAUAAUGAUUCUUGUAAACUUUCAGUCAGAACAAUGCCCAUAGCGAAAGAAUGGGUGGGCAUUCCUACGGAAAAAGAUCCAAAACUGCUGAUGUGCGUGUCGCCAAAGCAAAAAGAGGAACUAGAAAAAAAUAAACCGGUUACGGACGAAGCAGGCAAGUUAAUAGAUUUGCACGAGAAGUUCGUGAAUAGGAGACAUCAAGAGGAAAUAAGGAAAGAGGCAGAGGAGAAGGUUACAAUAACAAGUAUUAGCAACAGCACCGGAAAUGUUUCUGUAACCAGCCCAACUGGGAAUAGGCUCCUGGAAAUUAUUCGAGAGGAGCCUUCAACGAACGAGGAGAAUUACCUUUACUUCGUGGAAAAGGAGCCGGUGGAUAUAAGCGCGACUCUUCCCAGAGUCCGAAACGCGGAAAGCGCCAGACUAAAAGCGAAGAACUUGUCGGAAUGGCUUAGUUUAGCCCGCAAUAAAAGCAUGAGCGAGAGCAAUCUGAGCAGCGCCACGGAUAUUCCUGAAAAUAACUUGAGGAAGGACUUCAAUGCACAACCCACACCAAGACGUCGCACUUCGCUGCCGUACGACCUCUACGAGCGCCAAAUGAUCUACUUGCAAGAAAAAGAAAGAGAAAUCCAACGCCAGUUGGAACAGUUGGAGGACGAGAAGCGAAAACUGAGUGCGGACAUGGCGCCCUCUCGUCAGUUCCAGGCGGAAGACUACCGCUUCUCCCGCAGGGGCGACUUCGCGGAAAAUAAGAACUCAGCCCCUAGGCCCGCCUCGAUGCCGGCUAUGCCGACCGAGUUUUUCAGACAACAGAUGUACGAGGAGUACAUGGAUAAAUUCGCGGAACGCGAAGACAGGAAACAGAAUAAGGUAAUCAAAGUGACAUCGAGCAAAGACGACAACAACAACACGGAGAACAACGAAUCCGUACGCGGUAAGGAGAUAAUCCACCCAAUACACAUCGAAAAGGAGUUUCUGGAGAAAGUCAAACAGAAGCAAGAUCAAGGAAAACUGGGGAAAAAUAGAGACAGUGUGGGGAGGGAGGGUAGUUUAGAUAAGGAGAAGGACGAGGAGGAGCCCGUACUAGUGAUGGACGGCGAUAAGCUGAAGGGGGCCAAACAGUUACCGAAACACCUGCAGGAGUUCGUUUCGAUGACUAAACAGGUUGCCGACGAUGCCGAUGGUAUAUGGGCUCCUGGACAACGUCAGGAUACCUUCGCUAACGAUACGCAGAACAGAGACGGAGAGGAUCAGAAGAUAGUCCAAGAUGAAGCCAUUCCACCAGUAUGGACACCCAGGAGCACAAAUUCCAGUCCCACAGUUGAAAGAAAAGAAUUCCGACCGGUCAAUUUCCAGUCACCAGUAUUAGGUAGAAAAGCCAGAACGAAAUCAGAGAGCCUUGGAUCCGAGAGUCCAUUCUCGGCGCCACAUUGGAAGGUGCCAGAUUACAGCAGCGACACAGGAAUCAGCUCCUCGCUCGAAAAACGUCUUCCCACCAGUCAUUCAUCCCCAGCUUCCGGGUUUGGAGACUUUUCCACUUCCCCGCGUCUUCCGAAGGCCCAGAAUCCCACAAUAACUUUGUUACAAAAAGCUAGGGAGGGUCAGCUUCCCAGAGGAGCAGCGUACAUAGAAACAGAAUCAAAGCAGUACAGACCCCGUAACGACAGGCCGCCAAUUGCCUCACCUGGUGACAUAUUGUAUCAAAUAAAGAACGAAUACACAAGCGAAUCCGAGAGUGAGAGACCGAGAAGAAUGGCCGAUCUGGGCCCUAGGAAGUACGAAGGUAUUGGGCCUGUGACCAAAGACGGGAUGCCGCUGAUUCUUAGAUCGGAAAUCAAGGACCAAAACCAAUCCAAAUGGUACAAGAGGAUGUACGACACCAUUCACAAACAGAGACCUCACAAUGACGAAUAUGUCACGAUACGGUACAAACAGCGAAGAGCCCAAUACCCCUACACCUCUGGUUACCUCUCUGAACCUGAACCAGGAGCGUACGACAGCGAUUUUACGGAUUACAAAUACCUGACAAUGGACAGGAGAAGACCAACAACGCAAGAAAAAUAUUCCGACACUUUUACUACCUCAUCAACAAUGCCCAGGAGUCUGAGCAACAAAUCGUCGUCCUCUGAUGUUUUACGAAAUGUCCACGACCCUUACAAAGUUCAACCGGGGAGAAUAGAAAACUACACUCCAGGUCAUUCCUCUAUCUCAGAAAAAGAAGCAAAAGAGUGGUGGGACGAAGUAAUGGACAUAUUCGAUGGGCAUUUGGAGCAACAGAAACGUGUGCCUCCUGCUCAGCCAAGGAGUUUUAUUAACCAGGCUUUAAAGGAAUCAGGAUACGAAAGCGACUCCACAUUGGUGUUCCGCAGGCGAGAAGAAGCCGCGCAACAGCUGAGCCCUAGGGAGCAGAAGGAGGCGUACAAAGUCAUACAGAAGGGUGGGGACGUACCCUUACAUGGCCUCAGGAAACUCGCGCCGGAACGACCAAAAGACCCGGAACCACCCGUACCACCUCCAAAAGGACAUCACGCAAGAAACUACGAACAAGAAUCUCCAAGGAAAUAUGUGGAAAACGAGGUGACAAUCCACUACAAGACGCCAAUCCGUCAAGAGGUAAAAGAGUAUCUCAGCGAAGACGAGCUGGCUUACCGUCAGGCCGAGGUUAUGAAGAAAAUCUACCAAGAAGAAAGGCGAAAGAAAUAUCUUCAGAACCUCGACUGGUAGCUAGAGCCCUUUAUAAUUUCGUCGGCCAAACCGCCAGGGAGUUAACUUUCCGUAAAGGAGAUUUAAUAUACGUCAGGAGGCAGGUCGACAAAAACUGGUACGAAGGGGAGUUAAAUGCCAUGGUGGGUCUGUUCCCAACAAACUACGUAGAGAUAGUCCCAUACGACGGCAUGAAAUCCACGCCCCGCAAGGCGCACGAGGGCCAGGCGCGCGCCAAGUACAACUUCGUCGCCCAGACCCACCUGGAGCUCUCCCUGGCCAAGGGCGAGCUGGUAGUCAUCACCCGUAGGGUGGACGACAACUGGUUCGAAGGAAAGAUAGGCGGAAGGAAGGGCAUCUUCCCGACUUCCUACGUGGAAGUCCUGAUAGACCCCCAAGACCCACCCUCGCCCAGCACGAAGCCGGUAGCCGCGCCGGCGGCUCAUUCCCUUCUGCUGAACGGAUCCGCAGGUGGGAAGGACUCCAUGGGCAGCCACUGCUACACCCCCAGCCUGCCCAAUCCCCAGCUGACGCCUAGCUACCUCGCGAAACCCGUUCAGGUGACCUCCGGAGGAUCCUACGGGUCCCUGGGCAGGCCAGUCAAGAAUCCCAUGAAUCAGACGCUGCAUAUUGACACGCAAAGUGAACCUAUACCCUACCGAGCUCUCUACAAGUACAAGCCCCAGAACGACGACGAGCUGGAACUCCUAGAGGGCGACACUGUCUACGUCCUGGAGAAGUGCGACGACGGCUGGUACGUCGGCUCCAGUGACAGGACUGGGGCUUUCGGCACCUUCCCCGGGAACUAUGUAGAGAAGAUCUAGCAGAGGAGGACGAGACCCCUAAUUUAUUUUUCUUGUUGAUUUUGUACUCUUUAACAUAUUGAUUUUGUUAUUGAAAUGAUUUUUUUAACGUGCCUGAUUGAAAAUUGAAGAAAUUUAAACAAUUAACUGCCAUUUUCAAUUUGGAAUAGGUACUUUUUGAAUAGUUUUAAAGCUACUAACAAGUGAGGCAUUGCACGGGAGAUUUUUCGGUGUGCCAAAAGGGCCAGUUUAUUUAAUCGUGGAUUAGAAUUACGGGUUAGAAUGAUGACAGCUCCUCAAGACUACCGGGAUAAAAAAUUGCAACAUCAAAUAGAACCAACACAAUUCGAAGCUAACAAUUAUCCAUUGCCAUAUACAAACGUAAGCAAUAGUAUUUCUCUCUAGUGUUUAGAAAGACGAUAUUAAUGUUGCAAUUUCCAAAAGUUACAAAACCUAGCAAAGCUUCUAGAUAACUGAAUAAGAGAUAAACUAGUUUUCGUACAUAAUAAGCAUUCUAGUCACUAGCCAAAUGAUAAUUGUAGGUUUAGGAAGACCGCCCAUUCGGGGAAACAGUGGGAUUCAUUAUUUGCACCAAAAAAUAUAUAUUAAUAUAUCAUCAAAAUGUUCUUCCAUAAUAUAUGUAUCUUGUAAAGAGAGAUAUUCUUUUCUAGGUAUAACCCACUUGUAUUUGAAAAUAUAUAUCCAGCUGUAGGAAAAGUACGUUUACCCCCAAGUCAUAUAUAUUUUCAAAUGAUUUUAUGUAUCUAAUUGUAAUCUACUGAUUUUUCAACUGUUUCCAACCAAAGAUACGCGCAGGGGACGGUGAAAAAUACACAUCUUUCAUUUUCAGUAAGACGUAGCUCGACUUGUUCCUUUUAACCGUUUGUAUAAGACUUACAUAAUAGGAGUGCCUUUCGAAUACAAUAUUUACCCCUAGUUGUCUGACAGAAAACGGCGGCAUCACAAUCCAAAAUUGAUAUUUUUGUUAGGGCAGCAAGAGGCAGACGAAAUAACGUAAUUUUUGAAAGAUUUUCAGAAAUAGUCAAUAUGGUGUCGCGAGUAAUUUUUGUCAAUAUUUAUUGUUAUUGUUUACAGCUUAAAUCAUAGAUUUAAUUUGUAUUUACAUUGUUAGAAUACAUUUUUGCUUCGGUCAGAGAGCAUAUAUAUUUCACCUAUGUUUAUUUGUAACUUUUCUGUUUUACAAUAAAAUAUUUAACGUU